CUCCCGGGUAACAAGGGUAGGACAAGAGGCGAUGGUUUUGAGUUGCACCAGGGAAGGUUUAGGCUGGAUAUUAGAAGAAACCUCUUCCCCGAAGGGGUUGCCAGGCCCUGGCCCAGGCUGCCCGGCGCAGCGGCCAAGUCCCCAUCCCUGGAGGGAUUUCAAAGCCGUGUAGCUGUGGUGCUGAGGGACGUGGUUGAGUGGUGGCCUUGGCAGCGCUGGGUUAAUUCUCGGGCUUGACAAACUUGAAGGUGUUUUCUAGCCAGAACAAGUGUACGAUUCCUUCAGCAUCUCAGUGCCAUGCCGUGGCACAGUGUGUUACAGGGAGCCUUGGAGCGGGGGCUGUGCUGGGGAGCUGAUUGCUGUGUGGCCGGCAGGCAGGACUCGGGGGAGCUGCGUGUUUGUAGGUGUUGGUCUUUGGACUGCACACAGGUGUAGGGGUUGAUCUUAGCUUGCCCUCCUGGCUCCACCUGCAGUGCUGUGUCCAAUUCUGGAGUCCCAACACAAGAAGGACAUGGAGCUGUUGGAGCGAGUCCAGAGGAGGCCACAAAGCCCGUAGAAAGCAGAAGUGGUCUGUGGAUCCACGGAAUAGCGCUUGGAGUAAAGAUGAGUCUAAAUUUGGCCAGAAGAUGCUGGAAAAGAUGGGCUGGUCCAAAGGAAAGGGUCUUGGUGCUCAGGAACAAGGAAAUACAGAACAUAUCAAGGUUCAGGUGAAAAACAACACACUGGGGUUAGGAGCAACCAUCAAUCAUGAGGACAACUGGAUUGCUCAUCAGGAUGACUUCAACCAGCUUCUGGCUGAACUGAAUGAUUGCCAUGGACAGGGUGAAACAGAGUCCACAGUGAAUAAUCAGAAGAAGACAUUCAGUCUGGAAGAGAAAUCAAAAUCUUCCAGGAGACGUGUCCAUUAUAUGAAGUUUGCAAAAGGUAAGGAUCUCUCUUCGCGCAGUGAAGAUGAUCUCUCCUGCAUAUUUGGGAAGAGACGGAAGAGUAUGAAGGCACAGGAGGAUAUUACUGAUCCUGAGUCUCAGGAAGAGAAGAAGAGUAGCUGCUGGCUAUCUGGGCCUGCAGAUGGCUACAACACAGUGAAGAGUGUUCUCACUGUUCAGGAAUAUUUCGCCAAGCGCAUGGCAAAACUGAAGGGAUCCCAGGAUGAAACAGAAGCUAAGGUAGACAAUUCAUGCCUGACAGCUGAUGAAGCUUUGGAGCCUUCAGAAGAGCUGAAAACCAAAGUCAAAAAGAAAAAGAAGAAGCAGAAGAGAGAUGAGGCAGAGAGUGCAGAGCAUUGUGAGAAUCCAAAAGUGAAGCAACCUAAGAUAGGUAGCUUGAUUGGAAAGGAUGCUCCCCUCAGUGAAUGUCACUCAGGGAAAAAGAAAAGGAAACAUAAAAAGCGGGACGAAGAGGGAAGCAUUAGUUGUGAUGAAAAUAUGGGCAGUGGUGAAAUUUAUACGGGAGUAUCUGCUGGGGAAGAUCUCAGUGUAAAGGACUAUAAGUUAAAGCAAAAGAAACACCAUAAGAAAAACAAAAGACAGCAAGAGGAGACAGAUGAGUGUUUUGAAGGAGCACAGAGAAAGAAAAAGAAGCACUGCAAGCACAUUUAACCAUUUUAACAGUCCAGCUGGGACUCUGAGGUGAUUUGAACUUUAGCAUGUUAGAGAAGUCUGUAAAUGCACCAGCCAGACAUCACAAUGUAAUCCAGUCUUGAGCACACUGCUCUACCUCCAGCUGAGACCACAGACUGUGUUUAAACAUAGCUCUUUCAAGGGAGAACAUGGUGACAGGCCACCAUGAGCUUCAGUGCCAUCUUAAAAGGAUCUCCAUGUGUAGGGCCAAGGCUUGCCUAUCUGCAAAGCAAGACUUGAUAAAAACUAGUUAUGCUUUGCCUCUUCCAGUGUGGCAGACGUUCACCUUGAUGGCUUUGGAAGAGAAAUGUUUCAGCACAGCAGAGCCUGUGCUGCCUUCAGCCCAGAUUCACUGUGGUGCAACUCCAUUCAAGUCAGGGAACAGCAAGCCAAAUCAGGACUGCUUUUAACUGCUGUGUUUAAGACUGUGAAAGCCAGUGAAUUACUAACUGCUGCUUCACACAGACUGUUUUUUUUCUCAAUCCAGGGAGGUGAGGUGGAAUCACCCUACUACUGCCUUUAUUAUUAAAGCUACCAUUGUUUCCACUUCUGAUAGCCCAGCUCUGCUUCUGGACACAUGAGGGGGUUUGCAAAGCUGUAUGUAUUUUUUCAUUGACUUUUGCAAUGUCCUGUCAAAUUUUUUCAUCUAUCUCCUUUUACGUAUAAAAUGAAUGUUGUUUCUUCCCAUAAUACUCAGUCUAAUUAAAGGUUUAGCCUGAGUGUCAGUACUGAAGAAUGAAAUGAAGAAAAGCUCCCUUUGUUUCCUAUCCAGUAGUUAACUAUUGUCAAGAAAUUGUAACUUUGCAACAAAGCUAAAGGAGCUUAUUAACUAUAUAUAAAUCUUUGGUGUCCAAGCAAGAUUCAGGAUACCUUCAGUGGUGCAUCUGGAAUUCAAAAAGUUGUCUCGGAUGGAGCAUGAUUUUCUGUGAAAUUAGGAGACCAGAUAGAUUUUAAAAGCAUAGCUGGUCAGAUGGCUUAGUAUUGCCAUUUAUACAUUGAAAAUCUGCAAUUUAGAUUUAGAACCAAAUGAGAGCUUGUUUCUAUUUGUAAACCUGGAAAUAAGUAAUGCUGGAACUCAGCACUUCUGUAAGCAAUUUUGUAUGAGAUUUUUAACAUUCAGCACAGAUUUUAGCGUCUUUCUCUCACUCAGCUAAAAGCUGCCACAAGAGAUGGGUGAGCUUGGAAGCAAAGUGGUGGAACUGGAAGAAGCAGUCACUGUCCUUAAAUCUUGUUCUGGUAUUGCUUUGGCCACAGCAGAUUGACAGCACAACCCUGAAAACCCACCAGUUGUCUAGAAUGCAAAUCCGUUUGCUGUUCAGUUGACUUUGGGCCUGACUGUGUUUCAUCAGUGUAAAUCUAAAACAUCCCACUGGCCUGCUCUGCUGAAUAAAAUGGGUCCAUUUUGUUUUUA